CUUUACUCUUUUCUUUUUUUCUUUUUUCUUUUAUUAACUUACUAAUAUGACACAACUUCAAAAGUUCUUUUCUCAGGUGGAUCAAAAUGAACAACAUUAUAUCUCCAGACUUGCUGAAGCAGUGGCCAUACCUAGUAUCAGUGGCGAUCCUUCUCACCGACAAGAUGUGGUGCGUAUGGGAGAAUAUUUACAACAAGAAUUGAAAAGAUUAGGUGCAUCAGUAGAAACUAGACAUCCUGGAACUCAAGAUUGGAAUGGCACAGGUCGCAUACUUACAUUGCCACCAGUUAUUUUGGCUACCAUUGGUAAUGAUCCUGCUAAAAAGACAGUACUUGUUUACGGUCAUUAUGAUGUGCAACCGGCAUUAAAAGAAGAUGGAUGGACUACUGAUCCUUUUACUUUGGUGGUGGAUGAUGCACAAGAUCGAUUAAUUGGUCGAGGCUCAACAGAUGACAAGGGACCUAUCUUGGGAUGGAUCAAUGUGGUAGAAGCUCACAAACAAUUAAAUUUGGAUUUACCCGUGAAUCUCAAGUUUUGCUUGGAAGGCAUGGAAGAAAGUGGAUCAGAAGGACUUGAAAAGAUUAUAUAUGAUGAAGCUCAAAAUUACUUCAAAGAUGUAUCUGCUGUUUGUAUUUCGGAUAACUACUGGUUAGGAACCGAUAAACCUUGUUUGACAUAUGGAUUGCGUGGCUGCGUUUAUUACCAUUUGACUUUGUCUGGACCUGCGGCUGACCUUCAUAGUGGCGUGUUUGGUGGUACUGUUCAUGAACCUUUGAUUGAUUUGGUUCAUCUACUUAGUAAAUUGGUAGAUUCUAAUGGCAAGAUUUUGAUUCCUGGUAUUUAUGACAAGGUUCUUCCUAUUACAGAAAAGGAAAGAGCAACAUAUCAAGAUUUGUCCUUUAGUCUUCAAGAUUUACACAAUUCUGUGGGUAAUGUUAUUAAUCUUCAUUCUGAUGUAGAAUCGACUUUACAACAUCGUUGGAGAUAUCCUUCAUUAUCACUACACGGUAUCGAAGGUGCUUUCUACAAUCCUGGUGAUAAGACAGUACUACCGGCCAAGGUCACUGGAAAAUUCUCGAUUCGGACUGUACCUGAUAUGAACAAUGAAGAAAUCACUCGUUUGGUCAAAGAGUAUGUAGCAUCAGAAUUCAAGAAACUCGGAUCCAAGAAUACUUGCACAGUGGAAUUGACUCAUGGUGGUGAUCAUUGGUUAGCAAGUCCUGAUCAUUGGAAUUAUGUGGCUGCUUCAAAUGCUGUGGAAGAUGUAUUUGGUGUCAAGCCUGAUUUGACUCGUGAAGGUUGCUCUAUUCCUAUUACUUUGACUUUCCAAGAAGCUUUACAAAAGAAUGUUUUAUUAUUACCCAUGGGCCGUAGUGAUGAUGGCGCACAUUCUAUCAACGAAAAACUGAACAAGUCAAACUUUAUCAAAGGGACGAAACUAUUAGGCGCUUAUCUUUAUCAAGUGGCAAAUGCUCGUAUUUAGGAUAGGAUGAUUUAUCCUUAGUUUGUAUAGUAUAUUCUACGUUGGAAUAAAAGCUUUAACCUUUUUUUUUUU